CAAAGAGAAGGCACACGACCGCAACACAAUUCCAGUCGUCGCAACCAUGGCUGACCAACAGCCCGCCGAGCAGUCCGCCGCUGCGCCUGCGGCUCAGAGCGCCGCCGAGAACUUGCACAAGGACCCUGUCACCGGCGAGAUGAUCUCCAAGUCUGAGCUCAAGCGCCGCCAGAAGCAGCGCGAGACAGAGGAGAAGAAGAAGGCCAAGGCCGCGAAGCAGGCGACGCUGCCAGUGCAGCCGAAGAAGGAGAAGGCAGCCGCUGCCGGAGCCGGAGAGGAGGAGCUGAACCCCAACCAAUACUUCGAGAUCCGCAGCCGAGCCGUGAACCAAUUGCGCCAGACGAAGCAGCCCAACCCGUACCCGCACAAGUUCCACGUCAACUACAAGCUUCCGCAGUAUGUCGAGGAUUUCAAGCACUUGACCAGGGGCCAGGUUGAAGAGGAUAAGGAGAUCCGCGUCGGUGUCAGAAUCAUGUCAAUGCGAGUCUCGUCCACCUCCCUGCGCUUCUACGUCUGCAAGGCCGAAGGCGUCACGCUUCAAAUCAUGUGCCAGAAGGAGAAUGCCAGCGAGUCUGCACCAUGGGACCAGCAGCCCCAUGAACUGUUGCGCCGCGGCGACUGGGUCGGCGUGGUGGGUUUCCCGGGCCGAACAGCACCCAAGAAGGGCGGCGACGGAGAGCUCAGUAUCUUCGCAAAGGAAAUCCUCCUCCUGUCGCCCUGCCUGCGCCAGCUGCCGACCGAAUACUACGGAUUCAAGGACCAGGAGCAGCGGUACCGACAGCGGUUCCUUGACCUUGCCAUGAACGACGCUACCCGGGAGACGCUGAUCACGAGGACUAAGAUCGUCAAGUACAUCAGGAAUUACUUCGAUACAAGGGAUUUCUUGGAAGUCCAGACUCCUAUGAUGAACAAGAUCGCGGGUGGCGCUACUGCGAGACCCUUCAAGACCUUCCACAACGAACUCGGAAUGGAACUUUACAUGAGAAUCGCGCCGGAGUUGUACCUGAAGGAGCUUGUGGUAGGAGGCUUGGAGCGGGUCUACGAGAUCGGCCGUCAGUUCCGAAACGAGGGCAUCGACCUGACCCACAACCCCGAGUUCACUACAUGCGAGUUCUACCAGGCGUUCGCAGACAUGUACGACACGAUGGACAUGACCGAAGAGCUAGUCAGUGAGCUCGUAUACUCGAUCAAGGGAUCAUACAAGACGCAGUAUCACACUCAGAGCGGUGAGGUGUUCGAGGUCAACUGGGAGAGGCCAUGGCGUCGUGUCGAGAUGAUACCCGAGUUGGAGAAGGCGACGGGAGAGAAGUUCCCUCCUGCAGACACUCUUCACACCGACGAGGCAAACCAAUUCCUACGCAACGUGCUGAAGAAGAUGAACGUUGAGUGUUCACCCCCUCUGACCGCCAGCCGCAUGAUUGACAAGCUCGUCGGCGAAUUCAUCGAAGAGACCGCCAUCAGCCCCACCUUCAUCAUGGGCCACCCUGAAAUCAUGUCCCCGCUCGCCAAGUACCAUCGCUCGAUCCCCGGUCUCUGCGAGCGUUUCGAGGCUUUCGUCUGCAAGAAGGAGAUCUGCAACGCAUACACUGAGUUGAACGACCCCUUCGACCAGCGCAUGCGGUUCGAGGAGCAGGCCAGCCAGAAGGCGCAGGGCGAUGACGAGGCGCAGCUCAUUGAUGAGACGUUCUGCCAGGCGCUCGAGUACGGUUUGCCGCCUACCGGUGGUUGGGGAAUGGGUAUUGACCGGCUGGUCAUGUUCCUUACUGAUCACUACUCGAUCAAGGAGGUUCUUACCUUCCCGUUCAUGAAGGAUGUGGAAGAGCAGAAGAAGACAGCAGCGGAGGUCGUCGGCAUCGAGCCAAAGCCCGAGGAAGGAAUCCCCCAUAAAUAAACGCUGGACGAGGUGAAGCUCGUGAUGGGGGACCCUUUAGGGGUGCAAUACCAGAUAUGUGUGAAGUCGAGGCAAAUGUGCUUGUGUAAGGCCAUUUGGCCUGUGGGCAUCGUGACUGAGUCAGAGUUGGCGAGUAUUCGAGCGCAAACAAAUAUCAACGUUUCAAAGUUCAAGAUGACAUGCGCCGGAUGCGCUGCAG